AUGAUAUUUGGAGCGAAAGGAGGUUUGGUGACCUUCAACUUUCAUGAAGGUCAAAUCAUGGACGAGAAAGAUGACCGCAUGGCCUUUGCCUUCAAAACCUCGCAGGAAGAUGCAGUAGUGGUCAGAAUCUCGAGCAGCAAGUCUUCCGACUACUUCCAAGUUGAAAUAAUGGAUGGAAAGGUGUUAGCAGUUUACAACAUGGGGUUCGUAGACCACGUUGUCGGAGAUUUCAGCAGAAAGGUCAACGACAAUUUAUACCACGUGAUCAAAAUAUAUAGGUCAAGUUUGAACGUCAGUAUGCAGAUCGAUGAUUGGUCUCCGGUCUUCAAAACUCCUUCCGGUCGUCAGAUUGGCGUCUUCAACCAGGUGAGUCAGAUCAUGAUUGGCGGGAAACGAGAGAGCAAAGGUCAGGUGAACAGAGGAUUUGUGGGAGGGGUUAGAGGAUUGUGGUACGAUGGGGUAAAUGUGGGCGAGUUGAUGUCGAGAGGCGAUUGGAGAGUGAAAAUUGAAGGUGACGUCACGAUGACGGUCAGAAAUGAAAAGAAUUCGCAGGCAGAUUUAUCGAAGGAGUGA